UACUGUCUCAACUGAACUCUGCUGUAGGCGCCCACGCUCGCUGUGUCUCCCUUAUUUGUGAAUUGCGCUUUGGGUUUCGCUAGGAAAUUUCAUCCUUGAUCAGGAAAACAAUGUCAAUGGUAUUUCAAUUUCCAAAUUUCAACGUAAGCUGAAUCUAGAUUCCAUUCAAAAAGGUUCCAAAAAUGACAGAAAAACCACCGCCAAAGCCAGUGACACUUCAGGACUGGGAAUCCUUAGUGGAAGACUUCCAACACGGCGGUGCUCGUCGCGAGAAAUGGAGUUCCCUUUCCCCGUCACUCGCCGAACUGGCCCUUUCUUCCAUCGUCAAAAAGGAAUUUCCUGUCAAAAUCCCCCUCGUAAUCUUCCUCGACGAAUUCUCCCACCUCUUGUUCCCCCCAAAUUCCCUCUCCCUCCUUUUGGACCGUCUGGUCGAAACCCUCCGCACCAUCGUCCAAUCCCCAAUCGACGGCGUCCACAUCACCUACGCUUUGAAAGAACAAAUGAUGGUUUCAGCGACCUCAAUUUUGAUCUCAACGAAUUCCGUCGAAACCGUUGAGGUUCGGUUAACGGAAGCCGUGGUGGAACUUUUGCUGGCGGUUAUCAACCGGCCGAACCAUGGAUCGGACCGCCACGCGCGUGCCAUUGCCUGUGAAUGUUUACGCGAAUUAGAAAAUUCUUACCCUUGUUUGCUCUCCGAUAUCGCUGGUCAUUUGUGGAGUUUAUGCCAAAGCGAGCGAACUCACGCUUCGCAGAGUUACAUUUUGUUGUUUACCACAGUAAUUUAUAGUAUUGUGAAUCGAAAGUUGAGUAUUUCUAUUUUGAAUACUUCUGUUCCUUUAAUACCAUUUAAUUUACCGCAAUGGAUUUUAGGAUCGGAAAAGGAAGGGUUAGGGUUGAAUUUUAAGGAAUUGAGAAGAGCCAUGGCGUUUUUAUUGGAAUGGCCGCAGGUUUUUACUCCUUGUGGAAUGAUGGUUUUCAUGGGAAUGGUAAUGCCACUUGCUGUAGCUUUGGAUUUGCAGCCUUCUAUGCUGAAAGUUCAGUUUUUCGGGAUGAUUUAUUCUUUUGAUCCUGUAUUGUGUCAUGUUGUUUUGAUUUUGUAUUCUCGUUUUGCUGAGGCGUUCAGUGAACAGGAGAGAGAGAUUGUGAGAAGACUUCUGUUGGUUUCGUUGGAAAUGCAGCAUUAUUUGGUGUUUCGCUUGCUUUCAGUGCAUUGGUUGAUGGGUUUAUUGAAUGGAUUGAUGUUGAAUGGAGGAAAUGUGGAGAAUAAGAAGUCGAUUGUUGAGAUGGGUUUCAUGUUUUAUCCGAGUGUGUUCGAUCCACUUUCCUUGAAAGCUUUGAAGCUUGAUUUACUUGCUUUUUGUUCUGUUUGUAUUGACUCAUUGAAACCUCAGAGUGUGUCGGAUAUGAUUAUUGGGGACGGGAAUUCAGUGGUGAAACUGUUUCAAGAUGGUCUAGUAUCUGUUUCAGCUUUCAAGUGGUUGCCUCCUUGGAGCACGGAAACUGUAGUGGCGUUCCGCACCUUACAUAAGUUUUUGAUAGGUGCCUCAUCUCAUUUUGAUGCUGAUCCUUCAACCACUACUGUACUCAUGGAAUCUGCCAUCUUUAAUUUUCUAAAGGGGAUGCUGGUUGACAUGAUACUGGAGUUUCAGAGGUUGGUCCCUGUCAUUGUUGCUUUUGUUGACCGUUUGUUGGGCUGCCAAAAGCAUCAUUGGUUGGGAGAGCGCCUGCUUCAAACAGUCGAUGAGAAUCUGCAUCCAAGAGUCAUAAUUGAUUAUAGACUAGUUUCGUACUUUCUAAUAUUCGACAGAAUUGCUGAAAAUCAAACAAUACCUCCUCGUAGGUUGUUAGACCUGCUAACCAAGUUCAUGGCUUUCCUUGUUGAGAAACAUGGCCCAGAUACUGGUGGGAAAUCUUGGUCUCAGGGUAGUAAGGUUCUUGGCAUUUGCAGAACCAUGCUGAUUCACCAUCAGAGCUCUAGAUUGUUCCUCGGAUUAUCUCGUCUCCUUGCAUUCACCUGCCUUUACUUCCCUGAUUUAGAGGUCCGUGACCAUGCAAGGAUCUACCUGAGGAUGCUGAUUUGUGUACCUGGAGUGAAGCUUAGAGGCAUGCUAAACCUUGGAGAGCAACUCCUUGGUGUUUCCUCCUCACCUCAUUCUGGUUCAUUUUUCAGCGUGCCAUCUCCUCGACAUUAUCAGGAUCUCAAGAAAUCUAGAAACAUCUCAUCCUAUAUCCAUCUUGAGCGGAUGAUACCACUACUUGUCAAACAGUCUUGGUCAUUGUCUCUAUUACCUUUAGGUUUUGGGAGUAACAAAAAUGAUUUUUCUGGUGGUAUCAGGGAUAGUGAAGCCUCAACAGAUGAAAGAGAGCUUGAUGCCAAUAUUCAACUUCAGACUAUAUCAGAAGAUGAGAGAAUGGAUAAACAACAGGUUCCACUGUAUGUGAUGGAUUCAAAAGUUUCAGAGAUUUUAGGAAUAUUGAGGAGACAUUUCUCAUGCAUUCCUGAUUUUAGACAUAUGCCGGGGCUUAAGGUCAAAAUUCCAUGCAAUUUGAGAUUUGAUUCAGAGCAUUUCAAUCAUGUAUGGGGAGGUGAGUCCCCAAAAAGUGGGUUACAUGGAGUAGAUGCCUCCCCUGCCAUAUAUGCAACUGUGUUGAAAUUUUCAUCACCAGCACCAUAUGGGUCUAUUCCAUCAUGUCACAUACCUUUUCUUCUUGGUCAACCUCCUGUGGGUGAUUAUUUCCCUGGUGAAACUGCUUCAUUAGACGUCGUUGCUACACACAAUGGUUCUGGUGAAGAAGAAAUCUAUAAAGCUCCUGUGAUAAUUGAACUGGAACCACGGGAGCCAACACCUGGUCUGGUUGAUGUUUUCAUUGAAACAAAUGGGGAAGAUGGUCAGAUCAUCUCUGGUCAGCUGCAGAGUAUUACUGUAGGCAUUGAAGACUUGUUUCUCAAGGCUAUUGCCCCACCAGACAUCCUAGAAGAUGUAUUACCUGAUUAUUACACAGACUUGUUCAAUGCUUUGUGGGAUGCUUGUGGUACUACUUCCAACACUGGGCGGGAGGCUUUCCCCCUGAAGGGAGGCAAGGGGGUUGCAGCAGUCAAUGGAACCCGAUCAGUGAAGCUGCUUGAGAUUCCUGCAGUCUCUUUAAUUCGUGCUACUGAGCAUUAUCUGGCACCAUUUGUUGUAAGUGUGAGUGGCGAGCAUCUUGUUAACAUGGUAAAGGAUGGAGGAAUUAUCAGGGACAUUGUAUGGAAGGAUGAGGCCUUUGGUCUUUUGCUUGAUGCCACCACCUCAGUUGCUGAAUUAGACAGAACGCCCCUCCAUCUUACUUUCACUGGAAAUGAAGACGAGAGGGAAAGUCAGUUGAAUAUCAGCAAAAGAAGUAUGGGUUGCGUUCACAUAUUGGUAUUCCUUCCCCCUAUGUUCCAUCUCCUGUUCCAAAUGGAAGUAAGUGAUGUUUCAACUUUAGUUCGGAUUAGAACUGAUCACUGGCCAUGCUUAGCUUACAUUGAUGAUUAUUUGGAGGCAUUAUUUCUGUCAUAGAAGCAAACACGAAACCACCUUUGUUGGAAAAACUUUUCCAUACGUUCAUGUUCAUGUAAUUUCUGAGAUUAUUAGGAAUUUUUUCCUUGAUUCUUUUGUCACAGUUUAUGAGGAAGGAGGGGAACUUUUUGCACCCGUCUGUAUACUGUUUUAGGGAAAAUACCGCAGCAACAAAUCCCAGGACCUUGUAUUCUUUUCCAUGUAUCAAAAUUUUGUCAGAUAUUUUUAGUCACUGGGUUCAUAAUCUUGUAAGCUAUAAUUCUUUGUUUGCAACAACUGCAAAUUUAUAUUCAUAAAAUCUCGAUGGAGAGUGUAUCCUCUCAUUUUGCAA